AGGGUCCAAACACAGAGAAAAACUCCUGCUGAAGCGACUGAUCUCCACACUGUUAUAAAGAUGGCGUUUAUUAAAGUGGAGAGUGAAGACCUGAAGAUUGAAGAAACAUUCACAGUCAAACAGGAAGAUCUGCAGGAACAAACAGACCUGAUGGUACUGAAAGAAGAGACUUAUCAAGAGAAUGAAAUAGAAGAGAAACAGCAGAAACCCCAAAAAAUAAUGACUGAUGAAAAACCUACACUGACUAAAAAGACUUCAUCACACGGAAGACCUCGGAAAUCCAAAUCUGGGUGUAAUUUUAGCUGUAAACAGUGUAGAAAGAGUUUCAGUCAAAAGUCAAGCCUUGAUGUUCACAUGAAAGUUCACACUAGGAAGAAACCUUGCACUUGCAAACAGUGUGGAAAAAGCUUCAGUAGUACAGGAAACUUAACCGUGCACAUGAGAAUUCACACUGGGGAGAGGCCGUACAUGUGCCAACAGUGUGGAAAAAGCUUCUAUCAUGCUGGAAACUUGGCAGAGCACAUGAGAAUUCAUACCGGAGAGAAGCCUUACUCUUGCCCUCAGUGUGGAAAGAGUUUUAAGCAAAAUGGCACCUUUAAAGUCCACAUGAGAAUUCACACUAGGGAGCAACCUUACAGCUGCGAACAGUGUGGAAAGAGUUUUGGUCAAAUACAAGACUUUAAAACCCACAUGAGAAUUCACACCGGAGAGAAGCCUUUCAGCUGUAAACAGUGUGGAAAGAGUUUCAGAAAAAAGCCAAACCUUAAUGUUCACAUGAGAGUUCACACUAGGGAGAAACCUUACACCUGCGAACAGUGUGGAAAGAGUUUUAGUCAAAAACAAAGCUUUAAAACCCACAUGAGAAUUCACACUGGAGAGAGGCCGUUUACAUGCCAACAGUGUGGAAAAAACUUCCAUAAUUCAGGAAACUUUGCAAUGCACAUGAGAAUUCACACUGGAGAAAGGCCGUACACAUGCCAACAGUGUGGAAAAAGCUUCUAUAAUGCAAGAAGCCUUGCACUGCACAUGAGAAUUCACACUGGAGAGAAGCCUUUCAGCUGUAAACAUUGUAGAAAGAGUUUCAAUCUAAAGCAGAACCUGAAUGUUCACAUGAGAGUUCACACUAGGGAGAAACCUUACACCUGUGAACAGUGUGGAAAGAGUUUUGGUCAAAAACACGACCUUGAGAUCCACAUGAGGAUUCACACUGGAGAGAAACCUUACACAUGCACAGAGUGUGGUAAAAGUUUCAGAUGUAAAAACACACUCAAAUACCACACGAUAACUCACACCGGAGAGAAGCCGUUUGCAUGUGCUCAGUGUGGAAAGAGCUUCACAACCAAAGGUAGCCUUAAGAACCACAUGGAUGGUCACACUGGAACCAUAGAGUUCACAUGUGAUCAGUGUGGAAAGAGUCUCACACGCAAAGACUCCUUUAACAAACACAUGAAGACUCACUCAGAUGAGGAUCGUUUUAGAUGCAGUGAGUGUGGAAAGGGCUUUAAACAUAAAAGAAGCCUCAGCACUCACCUGAAGCUUCACAAUGGAGAGCAGCGUCCUCAAAAAUGAGGCCUUGUCCACACAAACACAGGUAUAUUCAAAAUGGCAGCUUGUUCAUGUAGUUUAGCUGUUCAUUCAUGUGAAGUUUAUUUAUAAACUAUUUUCGUUUUCCCUGGGUUCCCAUAUUUCCUCCCACAGUCCAAAACACACGAGCUAAGUAAACUGAACAUUCUAAAUUGGCACCAUACUCGAGCUCUUAGUAAGCCGUAUAUCUCUCUUUAGCCAUUCCUAUAUGUGUCAUUAGAACAGAAACAAAUCUGGGGAGUUCAUCGAGAUCUACCUGAGCACAAACUGCCCUCUCACCCUGCUUACGAGAGGGAGCCCAGGCCUUGAGGAUAUUAUAAGCUUAGGGCUCUCUCCCGGGACAG